UCGACUCAAGCUCAACAUACGCAACAGGAACACCACAAAAAUGACUUUACCAACUUCUGCUCUGCUAACCGUGUUGCAAGUUUCCGACAGUAUUUUCCCAACAGGUGGAUUUGCUCAUAGUUUGGGACUAGAAGCAGCUGUACGACAGAAAAUAUUACAGACACAAGGAGAGAUUAAAGAUUACAUUAUGUGUUCUUUGGAAAACUCAGGAUCAUUUUGCCUACCAUUUGUGAGAGAGGCUCAUGAUGCAUGCUGGGAUAGUGAGAAGUUGGUAGAGCUGGACAAUUUGUGUGAAGCCUGCACUACGAACCAUGUGGCUAACAGGGCCAGUGUUAGGCAGGGAAGAUCGCUGUUGGACACCAGUAGCCAGGCUUUCCGUGUAGAGCAGAUUCUGGAGUUAAAGGGUUUGCUUGAGUACUGUCAUCACCCGGUGGUGUUUGGCUUUGUGUGUGGAGCCAUGGGUAUUGAUCAACUUACCACGCUUACCGCAUAUCUGUUCAACUCUCUACGCACUAUUGUAGCUGCAGCUGUCAGACUAGAUCAAUUUGGAGCAAUUCAGGCACAAGUUGUACAAUCGGAACUGCAGUCAAGAAUUCAGGAAAUCCUUGAGAGGCACAGAAAUCGUAGCACAGAUGACGCCUGCCUUCUGAAUCCCCUGGUGGAUGUUUUCCAGAAUACACAUGAUAUCAUGUUUUCCAAACUCUUCUACAGCUGAUCCCAACAUAUCAAACAUUCCACACAUUAUAUAUAACUGGAUCAAGGUAUAUAAAUAAUCAAGAAAUCAAAUCAAACUUUACAGCAAGCUGUGAUGUUGUUUCAUCAGAUACAAGAAUAUUGUGAUACUACUGUAAGACAUCAUAUCUAAAGACAAUUUGAAGAUUAUAAUAUUUUUGUAUUAAAUAUUUUUGUAAGUUUA